CCCCUUUCGCCUGCCCUCCGACUCUUCACGCGUUAUCAAUUCAUUCUAUAAAGUAUCGCAACCCUCGCUCAAAUCUCAAACUCUAUCCAAUAUACAGAUCCCCAAUGGAACAAAAUCAAAAACCCAGAACUAUUCUUGAAACUCUAGGUGAAGAACUCAUCAGAAUUAUUACGCCAGUCUCAAUAUGUAUGCUGCUGGUUGUAAUUCUUGUUAAAGUACUGAAUACGGAUUCAGAAGGGUCCUCAAUAGGCCUAUCAUUUACCACCAUAGCCACUGUAGCUUACAGUGAGAGCAGUUCAGAUUCUAUUUGGGAUAAGCUCAAAGGUGCCUUGUUGAAUUCACUUGUAUUUAUAGCUGUUAUUGCAAUAGUUACUUUCCUGCUGGUGCUUCUGUUCUAUUUCAGAUGCACUAAAUUCUUGAAAUACUACAUGGGUUUCUCUUCUUUUCUUGUUUUGGGGUUUAUGGGUGGUGAGAUUACCGUUUUCUUGCUCAAAGAUUUCAGCUUUCCUGUGGAUUGUAUUACAUUUGUGAUUGUAUUGUUCAAUUUCACUGUUGUUGGUGUUUUGGCUGUGUUCAUGUCGAAAAUGGCAAUUUUUGUUACACAAGCUUACUUGGUUGUUAUUGGGAUGCUGGUGGCUUAUUGGUUUACGCUUUUACCGGAAUGGACCACUUGGGUGCUUUUGAUUGCCAUGGCAUUGUAUGAUCUUGCGGCUGUUUUGUUGCCCGGUGGGCCUUUGAGGCUCUUGGUAGAGCUUGCGAUAUCUCGAGAUGAAGAUAUCCCUGCUUUAGUUUAUGAGGCUCGCCCGGUUAUUAAUAAUGAUUCAUCUCCGAGUGGUGACGUUGUGCAAAGAAGGGUAUGGAGAGAAAGAAGGAAUGCAGGUUCUACUUCAGAUGAAAAUUCAGACGCGAGGCCUAACACAAAUACUACUCAUGAUAUGAAUUUGAAUACGACUCUGGGGACAAAUUUAUCUGCUGGGAAUGGUGAGAACGAGAUUGAUUUAGUUAAUGCCGAAGAGGGUCAGAUUUUAAGAGGGGACUCCGAACUUGCUGCACCUCUUAUUCAGCAUGAAAUAAAUGUCCGUAUGAAUUCAGAGGAAGGUGCAAGUCCAAGUGAAAAUUUUGCUCUGGAAGGAAUUGGCUUGGGAUCCUCAGGUGCAAUUAAGCUCGGGCUGGGUGACUUCAUCUUUUACAGCGUUUUAGUUGGUCGGGCUGCAAUAUACGAUUUAAUGACGGUUUAUGCAUGCUACCUUGCAAUUAUAGCUGGUCUUGGUGUAACUCUGAUACUCCUUGCGGUGUAUCGGAAAGCUUUGCCUGCUCUUCCAGUGUCCAUUAUGCUAGGUGUGUUAUUUUACUUCUUAACACGGCUAUUACUUGAAGUAUUUGUUGUAAUAUGUUCAUUGAAUCUGUUGAUGUUUUAGAAAUUUGAUAUAUAAUUGAGAUAAGGAUUUCGUAGUCCAUCGA